AUGGAUAGACCUGGCACCAGUCGCCAAUCCGUGGAGAAGAUUGAAGUCUUCGAGGUACGAGAGCAUGUUCCUUACCAAGCUGAAAUAACCAGGGCGCCAGCAGAGUACGACGAAGAAAGUGGGGAAACAUACGAUUCCUGGAGCUCAGCCUGGAAAUCCAUCUGUCAGCUUUAUAAUUUAUUACACCACAUGCAAGUGGCAAUCGUGGUAUACUGUUUGUGGCAUUUCGCUCUGACGUCAUCACCUAACGGAUCCAUUACUAACUUACAACUGCACAUAAUCUUCGCGGGCACUGGUUACCAACUGUUCCUUGUGGAGGCUAUAUUGACGUUACAUCGCCAUAACUCUUGGUCAUUCCAACUGUCCGAUGACUCUAAACGCAUCGUACACGGAUGUCUGCAGCUCAUUGGGUCGGUGUUCGUAAUGGCUGGCACUUUUCUAGGUUUAGCUGAUGUUAAUAUAAGCGUCAUUACUCCUCACGGGAUUUGCGGUAUAAUUGCCUUGGGAUUUACAUUAUUAAGCUUUUUAUCGGGUAUCAUGGCACUAUUUUCUUCAAAAGUACGGCUGAUGGUGAAGAGUGGUCCUAUGAAAAUGGUGCAUAUGGCAGUCGGCCUGUUCGCUAUAUCCAUGGGUCUAGUCACAAUAGCUAUGGGCUUCCAUAUGCCGGUCUUCAGUUCAUCACAAGAGCGUCUGUCAACAGCACUAAUAGUUUUUGUAGUUUUAAAUCUUGUAUACAUACUUAUACAGCCGAUUGUUAAUAUAGUAUCCACAACGAAACGUGUAAUGUGA